UCUUACCCUGCGAUGCAGAACACACACACGCUGUGAUGAGGCGGGAAAUAAUGCGCCGCUGAAGAUCGCUCUUCUGUUCUCCGCUGCUGGGAAGAGUGCAGUGCCUGGAGAUGACGACCAAGAGGAAGAUCAUCGGGCGGCUUGUCCCGUGCAGAUGUUUUCGAGGAGAAGAAGAGAUAAUAUCGGUUCUGGAUUAUUCCCACUGCAGCCUACAGCAGGUGCCAAAGGAGGUGUUCAGCUUGGAAAGAACAUUGGAGGAACUUUAUCUGGAUGCCAAUCAAAUUGAAGAAUUGCCCAAGCAAUUGUUCAGUUGUCAGGCUCUCCGGAAGCUUAGCAUGCCCGACAACGAUCUCUCAAAUCUGCCAGCAACCAUCGCCAGCUUAGUGAAUCUGAAAGAGUUGGAUAUCAGUAAAAAUGGUAUACAAGAAUUUCCAGAUAAUAUUAAAUGCUGUAAAUGUUUAACAAUAGUAGAGGCGAGCGUGAAUCCUAUAUCAAAGCUACCGGAUGGCUUUACGCAGCUUCUUAAUUUAACUCAGCUGUACCUUAAUGAUGCCUUUCUUGAAUAUCUUCCAGCCAAUUUUGGAAGGCUAAGCAAAUUGCGGAUAUUGGAGUUAAGAGAAAAUCAUUUGAAAACAUUACCAAAGUCAAUGAGCAAGCUGACCCAACUGGAGAGACUUGACCUGGGCAAUAAUGAGUUCAGUGAGCUGCCCGAGGGCCUGGAGCAAAUACAGAAUUUGAAGGAACUGUGGAUAGAUAACAAUGCACUGCAGACGAUGCCUGGGUCUAUAGGAAAACUGAAGCAGCUCAUCUACCUGGACAUGUCCAAGAAUCGGAUCGAGAGCAUAGAUAUGGAAGUAUCCGGGUGCGAGUCCUUGGAAGAUCUUCUCCUUUCCUCCAAUGUAUUACAGCACUUGCCUGACUCACUAGGUCUGCUGAAAAAACUCACAACUCUGAAAAUAGAUGACAAUCAACUUGUAGCACUACCAAAUACAAUUGGAAAUUUAUCUUUGUUAGAAGAGUUUGAUUGCAGCUGUAAUGAACUGGAGACUUUGCCGCCCACCAUCGGAUACCUGCACAGUCUGCGCACGAUGGCCGUGGAUGAGAACUUCCUGACAGAACUUCCCCGGGAGAUUGGCAAUUGCAAGAAUGUCACAGUGAUGUCUCUUCGGUCGAACAAGCUGGAGUUUCUCCCUGAAGAAAUUGGCCAGAUGCAGAAACUGCGAGUGCUGAACCUGAGUGAUAACAGGUUAAGGAAUUUACCCUUCAGCUUCACGAAACUUAAAGAACUUGCUGCUCUGUGGCUUUCAGACAAUCAGUCCAAAGCUCUCAUUCCUCUACAGACGGAAGCUCAUCCUGACACCAAGCAGAGAGUAUUAACCAACUACAUGUUCCCGCAGCAGCCACGUGGGGAUGAAGAUUUCCAGUCUGACAGCGACAGCUUUAACCCCACGCUCUGGGAGGAGCAGCGGCAGCAGAGGAUGACCGUGGCAUUCGAGUUCGAAGACAAGAAAGAGGAAGAGGAGGCUCCGGGAAAAGUCAAGGUUGAAAUCAAUCUCAAGAGAUACCCAACGCCAUACCCAGAAGAUCUAAAAAAUAUGGUGAAGUCAGUUCAGAACAUGGUCGGUAAAGGAAGUCACAGCUCUUCAUUGGAAAAUUCCAUUCCGACACCAACCGCCGAGCAGAAUCUGAAGGAGAAAUAUGAGCAUAAGUGGCCAAUGUCAACAAAAGAGAUGAAAUCCGAGGUUUCAAAUCGGGAACACAAGGAAUUCCAGAAGACCCAAAUCUCUGAUGCUGGAAACAUUCGUAGUUAUUCCCUAGACGUCCCAAAGAAGAAAGAAAAGGACGAGCAUUCGGAAAGAUCAGAGGAGCCCUUUGGACAUCGCACGACUGAAAUGCGUAUGGCUGAACUACGUCCCUCAUUGAUAGAGACCCCGUUGUAUCCACCAAAACUGGUUCUACUGGGAAAAGAUAAGAAAGAGUCCACAGACGAGUCAGAGAUGGAUAAGCACCAUCAUAACAGUGUGUCAUCAGGGACCUAUUCCGACUACUCACCUUCUCAAGCUUCUUCUGGCUCGUCUAAUGCGCGUGUGAAAGUGCAGAUUACCGCUAAAGAGGCUGUAAAUAGCUCAUUGUGGGGUAACAGGCUGACUCAGUCCUUCCCACAACCUCUCGAAACGAAGCCAUUGCUGAGCCAGCGGGAGGUGGCACCUAUAGGAAAUCUGCAGCAGCGCAAUGACCGGCAGAACCUCAAUGACUCUUUCACUGAAAACUGGGACAACAGCACGCACUACGACAACACCGGAUUUGUGGCGGAAGAAAACACAGUAGAAAAUGCAGGAGGUAACCCAAUGCUGUCUUCAAAAUCAAGAAGCACAUCCUCUCAUGGAAGGCGGCCAUUAAUCAGGCAAGAUCGAAUUAUUGGAAUACCUUUGGAGUUGGAACAACCAUCACAGAGGAACUCUCAAGAAGCAGACGUUUCUCCCAGCAAUCCUUGGCAAAACUGGACUCGGACUCCCAGUCCAUUUGAAGACAGGACAGCAUUUCCUUCUAAACUUGAAACCACCCCCGUCAAUAGUCCAAUGCCGGAACGGAAAGAACAUAAGCCACAGUCAUUAGAAAACCCAAGCACAUUCUCUUCAGGCCGAUCAUGGGAGUUUCAUGACACCAGCUCUAGUCGGAGCAUGGGAAAUGUAUUUCCACAUAGCCAUUGCCGUCCUGAGUCUGCCAAAAACACCAUAUCAGUGAGCAAAAGUACUGAAAGACUGUCGCCAUUAAUGAAGGACUUGAAGACGGGCAGGUUCAAAAAGUCUCAGAGUAUAGAUGAAAUAGACAUCGGGGCAUUCAAAGUGUACAACAUACCCUUACAAAACUAUGAUCGAAGACACCACAUGCAAGGAAGCCAUGACCGACCAGACUUUGGUAUGUUACAGGAGCAAAGUAUGUCUCGCAGUCAGUCGGUGCCAAUGCUUGAUGAUGAGUUGUUGGGUUAUGGAACCAGUAGAGGACAACAACAAAAGCCCACCACAAAGAAAGUCUACCAGUUUGACCAAAGUUUUAACCCAACGGGUGCAGUUGAAGUAAAGCCAGAGAAGAGAGUACCUCCUCCAUUUUCAUACAACCCUGACUCCUACUCCUCUCAGCAAACAAAGACAAUGGCAAAAGAUCUGAUCAGCCCAAGAGCCUACAGAGGAUACCCACCCAUGGAGCAGAUGUUCUCCUUUUCUCAACCUUCGGUCAAUGAAGAUUCCAUUCCUCCUCAGUUUACUAGUCAAGGAUCAAGGCCAGGAUUCUUGACAAGGGCAGAUUCUUUGGCAAGUGCCACAGAGAUGUCGAUGUAUAGGAGGGUGAGUGAGCCACAUGAACUUCCACAGACAGACCGGUAUGGCAGGCCUCCGUUCCUUGGGGCUAUAGAGCGCCAAAGCAGUAUGUCAGUGGCUGAAUCUCAGUUUCUAAAGAGAAAUGGUCGCUAUGAUGAUGAUCACACCUCCUAUCCAGACAUGAAGUCUCAAGGAAGCAGUUAUCAAGUCAAAACUCUUACACAGAGACGACCAUUGUCUGCCAGAAGCUACAGCACUGAGACCUAUGGGACCGCUCAAACCCGUCCUGUUUCUGCUAGGCCAACCAUGGCAGCACUGCUUGAAAAGAUGCCGUCUGAUUACAACUUAGUUAACUAUGGUGACAAGACCUCUGACAGUGACAUGAAGACAAGGCAGAAUCAGGGAAAAAUGGACGAUAGCUGUAAUAAAAUGCCGCCAGACUGGAGACAGCAGCUGCUUAGACACAUAGAAGCUAGAAGACUGGACAGGGGUAUCUUUGUUACUAGGGUUCAACCUGAUGGACCAGCAUACGGUGUGCUCCGGCCCGGGGAUAAGAUCCUGCAGGUGAACGGACACAGCUUUGUACAUAUGGAGCACGAGAUGGCGGUCUCGCUCCUGAAGAACUUUCCAACCACAGUGGACCUUGUAAUUCAACGUGAGCUUACUGUCUAAAUAUUUUUAUAACUGGUAAUGAUAUCAGACAGAUCUCCUUCUUUUAAGACAUUUUUUUUUGCCAAUUGCUGGAUCAAUGGCAAAGUUCAGUGCCAAAUGUAGAAUAAUUGUUGACUAUUGACUGACACGUGAUGACGCAAGAUUCAUAGGAAAUCUAACGUGGAUUCUAAUAAUAAUAAUUCUUAUAAUUAUAUUGUAUUUGUUUUAACCAUUUGCCUGAGGCUGAGCAUUUGGUGCAAUUUUAUAAAACUAAUAAUGUUUCUUCCCAAAGUGGAUUUUACUGUAUCGAGAGCGCGGAAGCACACAAGCUGCUCUUCUGGUUCCUGGGGGGGGAAAAAAAAAAAAAAAAAAAAAAAAGAAAUCGCCAUUAAGCACUGCCUCAAUAUUGUAUAUGCCUUUUAUAUAGAACAUAAAAAAAGACCUAGAAGGAAUCGCAAGUCAUAUUUUGACUUCUAUACAAAAAAAAAAGUGAGGAUUACAAAACAGAAGAAUAUUUUCUUAACUUAUGAAGAAAUUGAUAAGAAAGUAUUUAUUAAAGAUGUAGAUGUUACGCUGAAUUAAUAUUUCCCUUUUUUAUACAAAUAUAUAUAGAGAUAUAUAAUAAAACAAAUAGAUGCGUAUGCCUUAUGGAAACCACUUUAAACAUAUAAAAGUAAUUUAAUUGAUUUGACUUCAUUAAGACACAGAGGAGAGCUCGCCAGGUCAUCACACAUGUGGCGUUAGGGAAAUAGGUCAUUGGUCGGGGGCAGGCUGAAAAAGUAGGACUAAAGUGGAUAGCACUUCUCCCAAAUAAAAUUACCAAAAAAAAACCUGAUGGAUAACAAAUGUGGCCACCCAGGACCCACAAAGGGUUGUCACCCAGUCCUUGUGGGUUCUGAAAAGGGUGUAUUACUGCACGAGAAGGCAGAUUUGCUGAUUAGGUUUAUAGGAAUACCAAGUACCAACAGGGGUGGACUGAUUGUUUUGCCAUUAAGGCAUGACCAUAAGAACACUCCUUAAAUAAACCCCAAAUGGGUUUCAUAUAGGUGCGACCUGCAAUUGGGGCCCCCUUCUAUGACCCAUAGGAAAGAGCCGCUAAGAAGCAUUGGAUAUCAUUCUGGAAGACCCAGUCCAUCCAUGUAUUUAAUGUACAGAUAUUUAAUUGAAUGUAAUACUACAUUUUGCCUGUAGUGGCCACUGCAGGGGAAAUGAGCAGCCAAGAGAGCACGAUCAUCUGAUUGGACCUGCUGCUUUCAUAUUACAGGGAAUGUCUACCAUAAGACAACCCCUUUAAAAUGCAAGACAUGCAAAAAAAAAAAAAAAGAAAAAGAAAAAAGGAAAAACUCUAUUUAACCUAACCAAGUAUGUCAUGGCUGGUAAGUGGCCCAUGUCCUUCAAAGCCCAGAUCAUUCUUAAUACAUCUCUGUUCCCAACCCUUGUGGCAGCCAUAUUGGAUGUCACCAACCUUACCAAUAAGCUUAUAAUGUUUAAAAAAUAAAUAAAAAAAAAAUAAAAAAAACACCUCACAAGCUUCUAUCUAUUGUUACAUUUUUGCGUUUUUAUCUACUGGUAAAUUUUUGAUUUUAAAUGGAAACACCCUUUAAAAACUAAGUGCACUAUGAUCUGGCACAAGAUGUUAUCACUGGAAAGAAGGAGCGGAGGCACAGAAGAUAUUUAAAAGGAGAGCAUACACAUUAAAGAUUUGUAUUUUUCUCGCCCGAAUGGAAACCAAAUUGUUGUAAAAUGUUUUAAGAUGACCAUCCCAAAAACCCAUCAGUCAUUGGAUUCUGUGCUGGAAACGAAGGCCUAUAGAAGCAAUUAAAAAGUCAUCGCUCCAGUCGAUCAUUUGCACCGGAGCCGCCACCCUCUGCUACAGUCCCAGGAAUUAAUUCAAAAUUUUCUGAUUUCUUCCCCACCAUUGUACGGACUCUGCUUCCUCUCUUCUCCCCACGUUUCUAUGAACUUCAAUGAAUGUUAAGACUCAAGUUUUUUGGGGGUGGAUUUCAGUUCAUUAAUGUUUAUAAAAAUCUUUGUAUAUUUUUUAUGUUGUGGCAAGAUGGAGCACCGAGGACUGUUAGCUUUUCGACGGCAUGUGAUCUGUUUUACCCUUUUGGCUUUGUUUAUUACUAGGAUAUUUUUCCAUGCUUUGAAGCG